CAUAGAUGGAGAUGAACGCUCCAGGACAACUGGGCAACAACUGACCGAUCAAAACCCGAUAACUCUCCAGUACAGGCAGUAGGCUAACUUGACAGGGACCUCAAGCGUAGGCUGAUUCAGUCGACCAUUCUUCAUUAAUCUCGGUGGUUCCUGCUUUAAGCUGAUUUAUGUCCGAUCCGCUGCCCACGCGCAGCCGAAAGUAUUUGUUUUUUCCAAGUGGCCUCGCGCGCAGUUUAAAGUGCGUCUCGAUGCACGUAAUUGUUUCACAAAUACGGAAUAUUAAAAGGUUCGGAACAGCGCGUGAAAGCCAAGUUAAAAGUGUCAUAAAACAGUCGGACAUCUGAUCGGUUUUUCUGGUCGCCAAACGCAUCUCAAUAAAUGGAGAACUUGGAUAAAUGUUCUUUUACGGAAUGAGAGCUCUGUCCAUUUAAUAUAGUUAUUAAACUAGUUAUUUUGUAUUCGCUGCAUAUUAAACCAGAACAUUAUGUUUCUGAAUUUGGUGCUUCCACUGAUGGCUACCCUUUUGACAGCAGGUGUUCAUGGUCAGAUGGUUCAGAUGGACAGCAGUAAGUCAGGAUUUGUGGGCUCACAGGUAGAGCUACGCUGUCAGUUUGUCAACAGCAACCCACCUGUAAAGAUCUCCCAGGUCACAUGGCAGAAAUUAGUAAAUGGCACCAAGCAAAACGUGGCCAUCGCCAAUCCUGCUCUGGGUGUGUCAGUGCUGCCACCCUUCAAAGAGCGUGUGCGCUUCAAAAACCCUGCUGUUCGCCAGCGCACCCCUUCUCUGGAGGACACCACCAUAGUCUUUAACAAACUAAGACUGUCUGAUGAAUCUACCUACAUCUGCGAGUACACAACCUUCCCAGCAGGCAACAGGGAGAACAUGGUCAAUCUCACUGUUUACGCUCGCCCUAUGAUCCAGAUGAGUCUUUCCACACCCUCUAUAGUUGCGGGAUCCAAAGACCUGAAGAUGACUGUUGCCACAUGCGUUUCAGCCAAUGGGAAGCCACCCAGUGUGAUCACAUGGGAAACUGAAUUGGAUGGAGAAUCCAACACCCAGGAGAUCCGCAACCUUGAUGGGACCGUCACAGUACGCAGCGAUUACUUGGUGGUUCCCAGUCGAGAAAUACACCAACAGCUGCUCACCUGCGUCUCCACGUAUAAUGACGAACAAUUCACAGAGAGUGUAAUGCUCAACAUUCAGUAUGAACCAGAGGUGAUAAUAGAGGGUUUUGAUGGGAAUUGGUAUUUGAACAGAGAAAAUGUUCAGCUCACAUGCCUGGCUGAUGCCAACCCACCCAUCUCUUUGUUUCAGUGGAGAUACUUGAACGGUUCUCUGCCGACUACAGUGGAGGUCCGAGAUGAUGUGUUGAUGUUUAAAGAACCUGUUACCUAUGACAUUGCGGGCACAUACAUCUGUGAUGCCUCCAACAGCAUUGGGACAGGAUCUGCAUCCACUGAGGUCACCGUCACAGAAUUCCCUAGUUACCCAGGUGAGAUGUUUCAGGAGCAACAUCAAGUGAGUACUGUCAUUGGUGGAGCUGUAGUGUGUGGCACAGUUCUUUUGGCAGCCAUUACUCUCCUGGUAGUGUUUGUCUAUCGGCGGAGAUGCAUGUUUAAAGGAGAUUACAGUACAAAGAAGCAAAUCCUUGGGAAUGGCUACAGCAACGCUGGCAGCCUGCCCCAGCAUCCCUCUCAAAGCCUGACCUUCUCCGACGACUCAGAUGAAGAGAUGAAGAAGCUCGAACUUUAUAGAGGCUCCAGUAUAUUAGGAGUAAAUGUUCAGGAGUUCCACAGCUGUCAUGAUAGGAGAAUAAAGGCCUACCACACAGGGGUUUUUGAGGAGCAUGAGAGAUAUGGAUGCAAUGAGCAGACUUAUAUUUAUGAUUAUGGAUCGGAGGUGGAAGUCUCAGUGGACAUGGUUCCUCAAACGGAUGGCUCUGUCAUCUCCAAAGAAGAGUGGUAUGUGUAGAAGUUGAAGACUUUGAGCUUCUUAGCAUGUUUCUCAUCCUAUACCUUCUCCUCAAACUCAUUCCUUGCCAUCUCCCUCCUUUUAAAGCAGGACUUGCGAUCAAGUGAAGUUGACUUUGUGUGAUCAUGUGAAUUAUUGACAUGAAAGUCCAAACUAAUGAAGGAUGUUUGGGAACUGACAAAUGAUUGGCCAUGAGAUUGACUUUGCAUGAGAUAAUGACCUCUUACAAACAUUAAAGGCUUUUAUAAGCUGGAUGUGGGUUGAUAUCUUGAUGGUGCCAUAGUACUGAGGAAAUAGUUUUGCUGCUGUGUUUACACAAGGGCAAUUAUUUAAAACUGUACUUUAUCCCAUAAACUGUGAAAGUCUUGCACUGUGGAUAACAUUUUGUUCAAGAUAAAUGAAAAUGUUGCCUGUUGCUGUGUCAGAUAUUGUUUUGUUUAGUUGUUAAAACAGAAUAGUGACUUUCUGGCUACUGUUAUCACAGGACUUAAAUAUAACAAACCUGGAAACACAUAGGCUACUGUAGAGCUAAAUAAAAUAUUUCCCACAAGAAACUAUAAUUUCCUGCACAGUUUCAGCCAUGCAUAUUCAAAUAUCACCAAGAAUACCAAUUUUCUGCAUACUGGACCUCAGUGGCUUCAAUACUUAGUGUUAACAUGUAGUGUCAAUGCUGUUUUUCAAAGUUAUAUGAGAUAACAUAACAAUAUGUUGUACUAUAUACAGUAAAUGCUUUGAAAUGGUUCUUUAUGUAUCUUUAUGUAUGUGGAAAAAUGUUUUAAUGCAACCGAACUGGUUGAAUGUUACGCUGAUCUUUUUCAGGUUGUGAUAAGCUAAAUAAUUUACUCUUGUGCUUAUAACAUGUGUUAUAAUAUAUUAAAAACAAUGUUUGAUGCCAGCUGUAAAAAUUAGUGUUUGUGUUUUUGUUUGUUUUAUUUGACAAAAGCCAACAUUUUUUUAUUCUACAGACAUGGUUAAGGGUUUUUUCAAAAUCCCUAAACCAAGACCAAAAUUCUUCCUACAGCUUUUAAGCUACAUCCACCAAACUUUGCACAGACCUUCAGGCUGUUCUGAAUUUUAUGCUAUAUCUUUUCUAACUGACUGGUCUUACUUUUUUCGCACAGCAGAUGAUCAAAUAUCGGAAACAUUUCAUAGACUUACAUUCAUACAUUCAAAAUUCCAUCCGUCCAUCCAUCCCUCCAUCCAUCCAUCCCUCCAUCCAUUCAUCCAUCCAUCUGUCCGUCCAUCCAUCCGUCUGUCCAUCCAUCCAUCCCUCCAUCCAUCCAUCCAUCCAGGUUAGCGAAGAGACUAUUUAGCAAAGACAGGUAAAAGAGCCAAUCACCUUUUAGAUAGAGACAAUGCCUGUCAGUUAACUCGAGAACGCGCAUGCACAUUAGCUAUACGUACAGUACAACACGGGAUUUUUAUUUUUUAUUUUUUUUAUCCUAAUCUGAGAUAAAGAAGCGUAAUUUAUGAUUCUAGUGUUGUCAGAUUUUAUUGCUGAUUUGAAAUAUGUUCUUUGAUCAUAAUCUUUACCAACCAUUUUUGAGAUUUCGGUCUUUCCCCAUUCAAGUAGACAGGAGCUGCAAUUUCAUGACUGGAAAUAGCUUCCUGAGGGUUAGGGCCUAAGAACGUUGGGCCUAUAAAAUCUUCAAAGUUUUUGUCAAGCCAACAUCAAAGUUUUUCUCUGUUAACUUUAUCAAUUUUUUAUUUAUAACUUUCUUUUCAUUUUUAUAAUUGCAGUGAAAAUUGCCCCAUGAAUUGUUGCUGCUGCAUGGUUUGUAAAAUGUUGCUUAAUAUAUUAAGAAAAAAUCUGGUGUGUUCUUUAUUAUGUGUAUCAUUAUUAUGCUGCCAAGACAGACAUACUCAGAUAUACAAUGUUUGUUCUCUGCUGUUAUCUUGUGAUUUGUACUGAGUGUCAGUAAAUCUUGUGAAU